AAAUUGCUGCUUUGAAAGGGGCAAUUAGAAAAUGGCUUUGUAGUUUUUAGCAUAUUGGAAAAAUAGUUAAACAGUAGGUCCAUUGACAAGCUAUUUGAAAACAAUUUUCAAGAUCUUUUAUAUAGAGACAUAAAAUAGCAGUGAUUACAGAAAUCGUGAAAAAAUUAAUAAUUUCAGAAAAAUGAUAACUCCGAGGUUUACUUUAACACAGGAUGAUACUUAUCUACAUAUUACUAUCUAUGCUCCCUUUACCAAUCUAGAGAACACGGAUAUAUUUAUGGAGGGAACGGACUUUAGAUUUUUCUCCAAACCGUAUUAUCUCAGAUUACAUUUACCCGGAGAAAUAGAGGAGUCGGAGUCGGCAGGGGGAGAGUAUCAGGCCGAUAUUGCCAGUUUUGUCCUCAGAUGCCCGAAGAAAAAUCCGGGAGAAAAUUUCGAGGGAUUGGAAAUGAUAACGAAACUUCUCACUCCGUCCGGAGACACGCAGGUUCGCGCUAAUAUCGAGGAGCUGGACGCGGAGAACGAGGAAGAUGCGGAGGAAGAGGAGAUAGAUUUCUUCUAUGAGCAGAGUAUGCCGGAGCAGGAGCAAACCAUGAAUAUCACGGAAUCCACGUCAGAGUUCGGAUACGGAUUCAAUUUUGCCAAAACUGGAGUUUUUAAAAACCUUCUGGAUGAGUUCGAACAGCUUCUAGACGUAAAAAAUCCUGAUUCUAAACCUUUAAGGGUAAGACGCGAAGAAAGAGAGAAAACGGAAACUGAAAGUUUUGAUGCAGAUCAUUAUCUUUGCGAUCUUUAUGAAACAGAGGAGAUCAAUUCUAUUCUCAGCUAUAAACCCACCUGGAGUAAACUGACCGGGACGGAUGAGAAGAUAGAUCCCCACGACAAAUCUUUAUCCUUCUCUCCGUCCGAGCAGGAGCAGAUGCUUGCACUUCCCUGGAGAAAUUACAAACUAACCGAGAAGGAGAAAGGUCCUGUAUUCUUCACCCUCCUGGAUAUUCUCUACGGGUUCGGGUUUGAUGAUCGGAUCAACCUGGGAGAUCCAGGUUCGGAGUCGGGUUGGUGCAUUGCUAAACUAUCUCCCACUCUUUCAUCCUGCACUAAAAAUUCUUCUCUCAAACAAACCUUAAUAUCUUGCAUUCGAAGGUCUCUUGUGUAUCCGCUCUACCGACACUGGGAUCUAUCCAUCUUAGUCUGGAAGGAUGUAAUUGAUAUUCUUAAAGUUGGAAAGGUUGCCGUUAUUAAAAGUUUGCUGAAGGUUUUGUCUAGUUUCUCCGAUACUGAGGGAUACUAUAUUCUCUCCCAACUUUACAUUCAGGAUUAUGUAACCUGGAUCCAGACUGUUCCGGACACUCACCUGGAGUCACUGACAUCUGCAGUAGAGAAAACUUUAUCAGGGUUGACUAAGGCUGAUCUAGAACUGGAGCUGGAUGAACUUGAAGAGGCUGCGGAGCUAACCCUUCAAGAGGAGAAGGAAGAGGAAGAGGAGAAGGAGGAAAAACAUCCUGAGCAAAACCUUGCGGAUAUCUUGCAGAAAAAACUAGUCAUUAAUCCGGUCGAUUCCGACGAUUCGUCAGAUUCCGACGAUUCUACAGACUCGGACGAUUCUUCAGAAUCUGAAUCUGAUACAGAGAGCACGGAUAAAUCCUGAGCUAAUGCAAACUCUCUGUGAUCUCAAGUACCUGAUUUUAUUUACACAUUUUUUCAGAAA